AGGGUCUCAUUAUUAAUGUACUAUCUGUCGUGUGUGGACGUUUCGAUGCGAAAUUGUUAAAUUCUUACUUUACAAGUUGAACCGUGAAGCCAAGUGAACAAGUGAAACAUAUUCUUUCGACCAAAAGGUUUUAAAUCUUCAAUAAAAAAGCUCAUACCACUCGUUAAAUUUUAAGAGAGAAAGCGCGAACGCAGAAUUCUGGUUUUACUUCGUUAUCACCACCAGCAUUUUCUCACUCUCCCGGGAACAGCUGAAUUGCAUCACUUCACCACCAAUCGUAAAGUGAACGUGAGUGUAAAUUUGUUUUCGACGGCGGUGUUUACGAUCCUAAAAAUAAUGUACUGAAAUAUAUAGGUGUUGUAAACUGAUUGUUGUUGGAAGACAAGUGCUACAAAUUUAACAGUAGAAGCUAUUUACAUAACAUCUAACUUUCCCUGUGUUGUUUCGAUUGUUUCAAGUCGACGACUGAGUAAGCGGUGUUUGGUCGUGUAAACGGAGCACUGAACUGCAGCAAUGAAAGAAUUGUCUAGUGUCAGUGAUGUGGCUGGUGCCAAAGAGGCCUCGGAAUCGGGCGCUGAAAUUGGUCAUCCGCCACUGGUUAGGAACUGGAUACUAAGGGCCAUGAGUGGCGUCUACUUGGUGGCAUUUGUGAGCUUCUACGUUCAAGCCGACGGCCUAUUCAGCAACUCCGGUAUCCUGCCAGCGAACCGUAUCCUCGCCAACGGAACCCUCAACGAGCGGCUCAACUUUCUCCGGCUGGCACCACUGCUCGGACUGGACACACAAUCCGCAAUCGAUCUCUUCUGUCUGGUUGGCUGUGCGAUCGGUUUUCUCGGGUUUGUGUUUGAAAAACUUUGCCGAUUGCCAAACUUCAUCGUACUGUGGAUCUUGUACUUUUCGAUGAUUCAAAUUGCACAAAGCUUUCGGCAACAAUCGGAUGAACUCUUGCUGGAGGCAGGCUUUCUCUGCAUUCUUCUAGCUCCGUCGAAGCUAAGCGAUCCGCGAGGUCCUAUCGAGGAUUUUGCCCUAUUGCUAAUGAAAUGGCUGCUCUUUCGAUUUGUGUUCGCAUCCGGAUCGGUGAAACUUGCCAGUGGGUGUCCUUUGUGGUGGGAUCUUACCGGGUUGAAGAAACAUUUCGAAACGAUGCCGCUCCCGACUUCGUACAGUUGGUAUACGUACCAGCAGCCGGAUGGUUUGCACAAACUUAGCACAAUUUACGUGUACGUGAGCGAGUUAGUGUGUUCGUGGUUGUUUUUCGCCUCAAAUCAGAAGGUUCGCAUGUUCGCUCUGUGGUGGCAGGUUUUCCUGCAUUUGAACAUUGUGGCUAGCGGAAACUACGGAUUCUUGAGCUUGAUCGUGAUGACUCUUUUGCUGACCUUGCUGGAUGAUCGAGAGUUGGCGAAUAGGACGAAGGUAUUGCGGACGGAAGAUAAAACAGGGACGUUGGUUGUGAAGGCGAUUGCUGUUGUGAUGGCGUUGGGAACAUGGUUGAUUUUUGGAGUUGGUUUUCGGGAUGGAGGACUUGUUUUCAACAUACUUUUCAACCAUUCGCAAUACUUGAACAUGAUGCAGAUCAUGGUUCUAAUAGCUCCACUGAUUGUCAUCGGAUUCAUGGGGCAGCUAUUUUUGAAGCUAGUUACCACACAAACAGGCGUUACCAACGUGGGCGACGGUGUACGUAAACUGACUGAAAACUGGCAACUUCUUCUACCGAUGGUAGCAGCCUUUACAAUCAUGUUCUCGUCAAUCGUUCCACAUAUCCGAUUAACACAGUCAUCAUCAAUUGGGUCUACGUUAUUUACGAAACCAUACAACGGGCUUCACGGUCUCUACGUGGUGAAUCAAUACGGGCAACAUCUGUUGAAAAUGCGUCCGAAGCGAUUGGAAAUCAUCCUUGAACAUGCCAAUGAUUUGUCCGGCCCAUGGCAAGAGUACGGGUUCCAGUACAAACCCUGGGACGAGCAGGGUUCCAUGCCUUACGCUUGGGUCUAUUUUCCCCGGUUCGAUUUCAAAUUCUACGAUGCUUCAAACGUGAAACCAAAUACCCAGAAGUGGCUGUAUCCCAUGGUUCAACGAAUGCUGCAAAAUGAUCCAAGCGUGCUUAGGCUGUUCGAUCAAGAUAGCCUUCCAAGUAAGGCUCCAAAAUUCAUCCGUGCAUCAAUCUACCAGUUUAGCUUCACAUCCUGGUUCGACGGCAACAGUACAACAUUUUGGACUCGAGACCGUGUCAGCGAUUAUUUUCCCGCAUUUUCCCUCGACGAUGGAUUCUUGGAAACAAAACUUCGAGAUGUGGGUGUCCCCCAAAUAGCCGCACCAUCAGACGCAUUGAAUCUUCCACUUAAGUGGUUGCUGAGCGCGGUUAGAAAUUUUCUCAACUUGUUCGAAGGAUCCUAUCUCGUGCUGGGAGUUUUAGCAGCUGCACUCGCAAUUAUAUUCACCCAGAAGAACGAUUAAGUUCGCGGUCGAUUUUCUCGUGCUCGUGAUGCACACACAUACCGAAUACUAUUAUAGUUAGUGUACUUAGUCGUGUUUGUCCGUAACGGAUGCAGUAUUGUUGUUUCACGCAAGAUGUAUUUUACCGCGAAUAAAUAAAGUCAAUUAGAGCGAAACGGGGAUCAUCCCCAAACAGAAUUGCUCAAACUGUAAACGGGAAUGGUGAUGUAAUUAUUGUUUCCGAAUGUAUGCAGAAGCCGCUAACUAACCACCCGGCGGUUACGGUGGGUUUUCUGAUGAUGGCCGAUAGGUUUGGUUGAAUGGAAACCCACUAACUAGUUAAUCCUUAAUGAUGAUAUUCAAAUUUGACGAGCUCAAGCUAGGUCUGUUAGGAAGGCUUUGUGAUACUGUGAUGUAUAUUCAAAUUUCAGUUCAGUGUUGAUAAAUACUAGUAUAUAAAUUUAUUUGGAAAAUAAAGUACUGUUAUUAAACGUGAUCUACUCGAAUCAUAAA